GCCCGAUCGGCUCGAAGCAGCCGGUGCCGGUGGUUUUGUGUGGUGCUCCCCCGUCGCACGUCACCGACAACAUCGCGCGCCUCUGUGCUCGCUUGAUCCGCGCCUCCAGGAGAGAAACUUGCGUCGUCGCUGGGUUGCCCGCCCUUAUUUCCCGCGUGAGCUUCCGGAGGUUCGCCCCCCCCCCUUUGCCGUUGGACGUGCAGGACGUGUCCCGUUCGUCGUGGACAGCAUCCUUGGGUGCCUCCCCGCCUAAGCGUCGCGUCACCACCUGACUGAGGAGAGAGCCACCGAGCGCGCAGCGUGCCGUAGAGUGCGGAUCGUGUGCUGGUUUGGUCGCCCUCGUUCGAAUUUUGUGGUGCAGGGAACGGUCCCUUCGCAAAAGCAUGGUGACAGUGUGACGCGUACACCCAGCCGUAGAGAGAGCGUGAGCUGCUACUCGCCCAGGCCCCUACGUAGCUGGAUCGGUAGACGCAGCGUGCAAGACGGGAGUCGACAGACCGCUUAAACUUAUUGGCUAUUCUUGGGACUGACGGUGGCGGUCGAUCUCUGUGGCUCCGCGCUGAAAAGAGCAUACGAGGCGUCUUCGACGGAGUCCUCGCCGAAGGAGGAGUCUCGGGGCACCUUCGGCGCCACCUGGUCAUCUUGGAAUCCAGCCCAGGCCAUCGUGUUUUUAUGAAGUGGCAAUCUGCUAGCUACGCACGAUACUUGGUGCCGUCGUUCUUCUGAAGGCGUGCCCGCCGUCUGGAAGUUAGGCCUCGUCGUCGUUCCCGAUGGAACCGGGCACGACGCCACCCCCUCCGCGAUGGAGGAACCCGCCGACCAAGCUCCGGAGACGAGCAUCCACGGGAUUAUGUCACUGCACUACAACCCUCAGUGACCGGCCACCGACGCCGUCUCACGUCGUGAUCCUGCUUCUAGUUUCUGCUUCGCUGCUUAGCCUCGUCAGCGGGCAGCGCACGAAUUCGAGUCCCCGCCCCCAGCAGCGGUUCGCCAUCGAGCCGACGGACCGGUCAGCCAUCCUGGGCGAUACCAUCGUGCUAGCGUGUCGCGUCAUCGACAAGGCCGGCACGCUACAGUGGACCAGGGACGGCUUCGGCCUCGGCAGUGACCGCGACCUGUCGGGUUUUCCAAGGUACUCUAUGGUUGGAAGCGACGACGAAGGCGAUUUUUCGCUUCAGAUCGGUAGCGUAAGCCUGGAAGACGAUGCCACCUUUCAGUGCCAAGUUGGCGCCGUCGAUGGCGUGAAAGGCAUCAGAUCGAGAAGCGCACCUCUGACUGUAUUUGUGCCUCCGGAACCCCCGAAGAUCGUGCAAGGCGAAUUUCUGAAGACGACGGCCGGCAUGACCGUCGAGCUCACCUGUGAGUCCCACGCCGGGAAGCCACCCGCAGAGCUGACGUGGCUGGACGGCAGUGGCAACGUGGUGACCAACGGCGUCGAGUACAAGACCGAACCCCUGUCUGACGGCAAGCGCGCCAACGCGGCGCUCACGUGGACGUUCAGCCCGAGCCGAGAGCACGAUGGCAAGACGUUCACCUGCCGCUCGGAGAACAAGGCGCUCAAGCAACCCAUGCUCGCCACCAUACGGAUGGAGGUCAAGUAUCCUCCCGAUAUCACCUUGACGGUGGAGUCCGACAAGAUAUCGGAAUUCGACGACGUUCGGUUCCACUGUCAGGCCACGGCCAACCCGUCAGACAUCGUGUACAAGUGGUACAGGAAUGACGAGAUCAUCGCGGGCGACCACACGACGGAGCUGGUCCUGCCGCGGGUGACGCGAAGCUUCAACGGAGACACGAUCACAUGCGAGGCACGCAACGACGUGGGAACGACGAAGUCUACGCACACACUCAACAUACACUACCGUCCGGCGUUCAAGAGCGCGGCCGAGACGGUGGCCGCCGAGGAAGGCGCCGAAGUGGCGCUGCGGUGCGAGGUGGACUCCAACCCGAAGCCGGACAUUGUGUGGCGUCACGAGGGCUCGGAGCGCGUGCUGGCCCGCCAGCCGACGCUCGUCAUCCCGGCGAUGCGGCCCAGCGACGCCGGCCGCUACUCGUGCCGUGCCACGGUGCCCGGCUUCCCGGAGAUCACCCAGGACGUGCACGUCUACGUCAAAGGCCCUCCGAAAGUGAGCAGCCCGACGACCCAGUACGGUGUUGAAGGGGAGCAGGUGCGUGUCGAGUGCAUCAUCACCUCCGUUCCGCCGCCCACCAGGGUGGCCUGGUCCAGGAAUCUGCAGCUGGUUGACAUCGACAAUAACCAGGGCUACGAAAUUGUAAAGGAGCCUUUGUCGAAUGGACUCAGGAACUUGCUAAUCAUCCACAAUGCCGCUGAGGAAGACUUCGGGCAGUACAACUGUUCCGUGUGGAAUCAGUUUGGUUAUGACACGAGGCUCAUCACCGUUCGAAAACAAAAAAACCUUCCGAUGGUGAUAAUCUUGGCUGGCGUCAUCGGGGGCAUCGUUCUCGUCGUGACCGUGACGAUCUCUAUUAUUCUCUGCCUGCGAAAGAAAAAUAUUGUCAAAGAUGACGACUUCAACUCUGAGAAGAAGGGUAAGCAGUCUGACUCGGCGUCGUCCGGAGACUCGGACAUCAAAGUGGAAAUCCGAACGGCAUCGUCGUUGUCUAAUAACGAACACGAUCGCAACUGGGAGGACAAUAGUGAAUCGGCACGUACGCACGACGCAGCAGAUAUCUACAAGUACGCCAACAGUGCAGCUGACUACGGAGACUCCUCCUUUCCGGUAAAAUCGGAGGCUCAAAACAACAAUGGCUACAUACCGUACGUGGACUACUCGCGCGACUACAACCCGCCUCCUGUGGCAGCUUCGCUGCAGUUAAACGCAAGCCGCGACAGUGGCCUGUAUGGCAGCUCACCGCAGUCCCUCAACGACCUGGGCCAGGGCAUCGACCCACGGUUCCGAGCGGGGUACGCAAACCCUUACCUGCGCACCUCGCAGUCGAACCUGCCGCCCCCUCAGGGUGUUUACGUCAGCCCGAGGGCCAUGCCAUCGGUCGCUGCCAACUCCGCCGGUGUGCCCGGUGCUUCGUCCGCAACCCUGCCGCAGAACAGGUACAUCACAUCACAACAAAGCCAUGUCAAGCCAGGCACACUAGCCACCCAUGUAUGAUGGCAGGAGACCUCGAUGUAAAUAGGACUUAAGCUCUCCAUGAAGCAACCAAGAGUGUUGUGUGCCCCUCACUGUGGACAUUGUGUGGUCAGUGAGUGUGUGUGCGGGGAACUCUUGCAAGACCCUGGGAAAAGAAAAAAAAAGGACGCUGAUUGGUGCAAUCCCACGAAGUGUCGUAUUUCCGAAGUGACUCUGGUGGUGCCACCACUUUUGCGGUGUUUCAAGUCAGGAACCAAAGAGUUGUUAAUAAUUCUAUCUGUUCAUAUAAGUGUGCAUCAGUGUGUGUGCGUGUGUGUAUUUGUCAAUGCAUGAUGUUGUCAUGUUUCCUUGACUAGAUUAGAAAGAAAAACAAGGCAAGGGUAGCCUUAUUUAUUAACUCAAGUAGUGUGACCUUGCUGUGUUUUUAGCAUAGUACUUCAUUCUUGCAUCCCAAUCCGAGACUAAUGUGUGUUCCUUCUUUUGCUGAGAGGCUGUCCUCCUGUGAGUAGUCAUGUUGAUCGUUUGCAGCAUACUGAACAUUUCUAAUGUCUGGUUCUCAAAUGCUGGUAUGUGAAAAGUGCAGUUUGGCCAUGGUUAUAUUACACAGAUGUUUUGAUUGGCUGCCUGGGUUUGUAGUAAUCACACAGCACAAUCACUGUUUUUCUGUUCGUCUCCUCUUUCCAUGGCUUUAGAAAUCACUUCCCAUUACAGAUGACCGCUCUUUGUCUUGCAUAAUUCAACAUGCAAUAACUCAGCCUGCAAGUAAAAUGUGCCAUAUACAGCGAUGUGUGAUGUAUUGUGUGCAGCACAUCCUGCGGAGUUGCGGGCAACGGACUCGGGGUGUAUUUCACUGCAAUAUAAAAAAUGCACUGAACAGAAGGUGUAAGAGAGCAGCAUUGAAGUUAGGUUUCAUGAAUAUUGGAUAAGCAUAGCACUUGUGGGCUGAACGUAUCAAAAGGCAGUAAAAUUUUUCAUUGCACCUCAUAGUGGGCAUUAUUGUAUUUUUAAUAUUCCCGGUAACUUUUGAAGCAACAUUCCAAAAGGAUAAAUAAUAACAGGCCGACAUUACUAGCCUUAUUUGAAAAGAAUAUGUAGAGUUGCUCAAUAUGCGACUUCCCCAAGUUUUCACAUAGAGUUUAAAAAAUCUAUAUAAAUCAAAGCGCAGCUACUGUUUGCUUUAAGAGAUGAUACGAAAUAAAUAGUCUGGCAGAAAUGUGAAAUGUGUGAAACAGCUAGGCUAAAAGACAAAGCAUACAUUGUAUUGCAGCUGUCACUUUUAGGUAGCUCUGCAGCAUCUUCAAUUCGACCCACUUACUAAUGUUUUACAUGUGAACACAUUUUGUUUCCAGUUUUAAUAUUAUUCUCUUCGUGUUCAUGUCAAAAGUUAUCUUUUCAAAGAGGUCCUCAUUUGUGUUGUAUAAAUGACCACACAAGAUGCGUUACCGUUCUCAAGUGUACCAUAAAAUCAUGCUUCAACACAGUGCGUUUCUUGUUGUAAGUGCUCAGUUCCGUUGAAUAUUACAAGUGGCCUUCUAAGCAACUGGUUGGCUUGUGCCAAUUGUGGUUGGUUAUCCCUCUUCAAUGGUGUACAUAACAUUGCUUUCAGUAGAUGUGCUCUUUCAAUGCUUCCUUCGUCAGAUUCUUCCCAUCAGUUACAGUCUGAAUUACCGUGUCAUGUGCUUGUCAAAACAAGAGAAGAAAAAAGCAGUACUUGUCUCUAUGCAAGCGUGGUUUCCUAAUAAGAUGCAUCUCAGUUUGCUUGCAAAGCAGUGAUCAGUUUAAAUUUCACUGUGACCCUGUGCAGGGUUCCCUAAAAUGUGUGAAUGCCUGAGUCGUUUUGUCAUGUGCACUGUAUUGUGAACCGGACUGCCAUAUACGCCACCACAGGACACGUGUGUUGUGGCGAGUCAAACGAGUCAUUAAGCACGCCCGAGAAGGACGACUUUCGGUGCUAAAAGGAUGUCCUGCUCCUUUCCCAAGAUGGUAUUACAGCAAGCACACCGAGGCGUGUGUUGUUUGCCUUUUAUUUUCUUCUUCGUGUGUUUCUGUGACCGUGACUGUAGCUUUCGACCUCCGGCUUUCCACUGUGUGACGCAUGGAAAACUGAGCAGCGAAAUCAUCACUGUACAUAGGAAGCACUUCCCGGCGUUAUGACAAAUCGCGCCCCUUCUGGCUUCGCGCUCUUUUGCCUCCUUUGUUUUUUUUUUUUGUUUUCUUUCGAUAGCAUCUGUACAGAUAUUUGCUGAUGAGAAUUUGCUCACUUUAUGAAGGCGAAACAUUGUGCGUGUGCAUGUUAAUUAAACCUAUAUGAGAGUUUCA